AUGAGUAGCAAACUUUGGGAGUUUUUUAUUCAAGAUGAUGUGGAGAGCUUCCAGCGGCUCCUCGCAAACGCAACGUUUGCGGGGCCGCGAGCUGCAGGGGGGUCCGGAGGUGCUUCCUUAGCUGCGACAGCAGCUAACCUGACCUACAAAGCUGGAAGCCCCGGGUCGCUGAUCUCAUCCUCCCCAAAUCCUCCAAAGCAGAAGAAAAACAUCGGCUCAUCACCAGGAACAUCAGCACCUGAGCGGCCGGGCUUCCAGCGAGCUGGCAUCACUUUGUCGCGCGCCGACAUCAAUGCUCGUGACCACUAUGGCAGGACCCUCUUACAUCACAUUGCUUCGUCGUCAAAGCCCACUGCCACCAAAUUCGCUCGCGCACUGUUCGAAAUCCCGUUUCUUGACAUCUAUGUACAGGACUGGGAGAGUGGAUGGACGGCACUCCACCGUGCCCUUUAUGCGGGCAAUGCUACAAUCGCCUUAGCAUUGAUGGAGCGGAACCAGCGGGAUGCGACCGAUUUCAGCAAAGUGGAAAAAACAGGACAGAUUGGAAGCUUGAUCAAGAUUAAGGACCGUGAGGGCUACAGCCCGUUCGAUGUUUAUGGAGCGACCAUUACCUCUCGUGAUAUCAAACGGAUGACUUCUUUAAGACCGUGGAACCUUGAUACUGCCGUUGACUCCUUGAGAGAAGGCGAUGCUGAUUCGAGUGCCGGAUCUAAUGACGAAGAUGACGUUGAAGAGGAUGUCUAUCUUUCUCGAUUUUCAUUACAGUCAACACCAACCGAUUUUUCCGCCGAUGAAGUUUUUACCUUCGGUAGCAACAAGAACUUGAACCUUGGGCUUGGGGAUCAGGAUGACCGUCAGUUUCCUGAACGGGUCACCCUGAAGCGUCCCGAACAUCUUUUGAAUCGGUUUUACCGUGAAUAUCAGGAAGAGCUAGGGCUUGAGCCUGUUACCACAGAUGGAUUGCCAACGCUUAUCAGAAACAAGCCAAUGAAAAUACAAAACACUAUCAUGUCCAAGUUACACACUGCAAUCAUCACGGAUGAUCCGGAGGCCAAUCUGUUCAUCUGUGGGUUUGGACCGGGCGGUCGCCUGGGGACGGGCGAUGAAGCUACACGAUUCACCUUUUCCUGUAUCGAAACAGGUGGGUUGUCAGGAAAGAAGGUCAUGUCGGCCGCCCUCGGCCAAGACCACACCCUGGCUAUCACAGAGUACGGCGAGAUCUUUAGCUGGGGAAGUAACAAGUUCGGACAGCUAGGAUAUGGUCUACCCAGGACCAACAACAAAAAUGAUGUUCCUAUCCAGACGACACCCCGCCAGAUUUUCAACCCAUUCAAGAAGGAAAGAAUCCUUGGUGCAGCGGCAUCUUCGAUUCACUCGGUGGUCUUCAGCACUUCCGGUCUGUAUACCUUUGGCAAGAAUGAGGGCCAGCUCGGCUUAGUAGAUUCGGAUGCACGUUCGCUUGAAGUUCAAACGACCCCCCGGCGGGUUGGAGCGUCACUCUUCAACUCCCCGAUUCAGAUGGUAUCUGCCAUUGAUCAAGCCACUGCUGUGCUCUUGCAAAACCAUGAGGUCUGGGUGUUUUCACAAUAUGGCUACUCGAAGCUAGCAUUUCCGCUGGAGGCCACUUCAAGGUUUAUCCGAGACAGCUUCAUGGCGACAAGAUAUGAUGCUUCAGUGAAUCGUAUAGUCAAGCUGACAUGUGGUGGAAGCACUAUCUGCGCUUUGUCUAGCUCUGGUGAUGUAUUUACUGUCCAGGUCAACAAGCCCGAGAAUCCAUCGAUACCGACCUCGACCACAAACCCAGCCAAAACCCGCAAUUCUUUAGCACCACCCGUGAGAGCUUGGUCUGCUAAGCAGUCGCACAUGGCUGCUAGCGAUGUGGAUGUGGGCCAGGACGGAUCGAUCAUCAUCUGCACGACAUCGGGCUCCGCCUGGAGAAAGGAGAAACGGACAAAGAAAAAGGAAGGCACUUUCAAGGACUACAAAUUCGCCCGCAUACCGUCUCUGUCAAGGGCCGUAGCCGUGCGCAGCAAUGCUUUUGGGGCCUAUGCUGUCGCCCAACGCGACUACAACGUGACAAGAGAACAAGUCCACAUCUCUGGAAGUACUCUUUUGGAUGACCUCUUGCCACUCUCGCCCUUUGGGCUCCCCGCUCCGGAUGAUGUAGAGACAAUGUUGGAAGGUGGAACAGAUCCAAUGGAGAUGUCUUGUGCAGCAGCCAUCAAAAGAGCCAUAUUAUCGUCUACGAAUAUGGAGGACCAAUACCUCUCUAUGCGCACCGAGGGGACUGUUUGGAUCACUAGCUCUCUGUCCGAUGCACGGAUUCCAGUGCACGAGUUUUUGCUAAGUGGUCGUAGUCCCGUUCUCAGGAAGGCACUUCAGGAGUUCCGGGCAUCAUACUACUCCUCUGUUCCUGAUGUUCUCGACGUCGAGUACGGAAAGGAUGGUCACAUGCAGAUCCAGCUCCAUGGCGUUGACUUCCUCACGGUUCUAAACCUUGCCCUCUUCUUCUACACCGAUAAUGUUCUCGAUGUUUGGCAUAAAGUGAAAACCUCUCCCCAAAAUGCCACCCGCUAUCGGCAAGUACGCACAGAAGUGAUGCGAGUUGCUCUUCAGCUUGGGCUGCCAACCCUUGAACGUGCCGCGAGAUUAAUGCUAGACCCUGAGCCAAGUUUGAAGCAUGACAUGGCCCUUGCCAUCAACCAUAGCUCAUUCUUUGAUGAUGCAGAUGUGGUGGUUCAGCUUAAAGGUGAUUCCGUCAAGGUUCACAGCCAGGUGGUUUGCCAGAGAUGCCCGUUCUUUGAUGCGCUAUUUCAUGGGCGAUCUGGUGGCCGGUGGCUUGCCCCACGAAAGGCAGACCGCUCGGGGGCCAUUCAUGUUGAUCUCAAACAUAUUGACCGAUCGACAUUCCUCUUUGUUCUGCAAUACAUGUAUGCAGAUACCGAAGAGAAAUUAUUCCAUGAAGUGCGGACUAAGACUCUUGAUGACUUUAUUGACUUGCUCCUCGACGUCACUUAUGUGGCGAACGAACUGAUGAUUGACAGACUAUCGCAGAUCUGUCAGAAUAUGCUUGGUCGUUUUGUCAACACACGCAAUAUCACGUAUCUUCUUAACUCGGUCUCCCCUAUCUACAUGGGGGAGUUCAAAGAGGCUGCCCUCGAGCAUAUUUGUCUUGACCUCGAGUCUAUGCUUACGAACAGAUAUCUCGACGGACUUGAUGAUGAUCUUCUCGCUGCGCUCGAUAAAGUCUGCCAAGGGAAUCAACUGGCUUCCUAUCCCAUAUCUCGUGGACGCAACACCGAAGCAUAUGUGUUCGAGAAAUAUCCGGAGAUUGUCAGCUCGAUCAAAUCGGACCAACGACGACGGAUCGAUGCAAUGGCCUUGCAAUCCCGCCUGAGCCAAGUCGAGUCAUAUGACGUUCGAUCUCGCCCGCCAACAAAUGACAAGUGUAAUGCUUCUCCGUCUGUUCGUAAACCAAAGGCUGGCGUUUCUAGGGAGAUGACUAGUCCCACCACUAGCCCUAUGCUGAAGGCACAGCAGUCGACGGGAGACCUCAUGUUCCAGAUGGAUGAUGAAGCUGCUCUUUCUCCAUUCGAUGCCAAGGGCAAAGCACCCAUGCGUGGACUGAGAUUCAGUGAAGAUAGAGGCCGAUCGUACCCCAAUUCUCCGGCAUUGGGAGCAAGCAUCCCUGAGGAUGAUUCGCUACGAGAUCGAAGCUUUUUGGAUCAGCAAAUGUCUUCUCCGCGAGGUCCAUUGCUUGCCGAGUCUCCGACUGAAUCUAAAGCAAUUGCCAUGCACCAAAGACGGAGCUUGGCGUCAUCAGGUGACGCCUCUACGGCGCCGUGGAACUCCCCUGUCAUAUCUGAUGGCAAGAGAGACCUCCAGGAUAUCAUGAGCGAGACCUCCCAGUCCCGGGUGUCAAAUCUCACCCUUGGUAUGACAGCCAGAAAAGAAAGCAGUGGUAACUUCACGCCGAAAAUAUCUCAAAAGGAACGGAAGAAGAUGCAACAGCAACAAAUGCAAGAAAAACUGGCCGCACAACAAAAGGCUAAGGAUGCUCCAUCAAAUCCAUGGCAGUUGCCGACGUCGACUUCCUCAAGUGUACAGGGCAAACCUGGUCCCCUGCCAGGCCAGAGUGGGUCCAGUACACCAGCUCCUGAGCCCGUUAAGACGCCCCAAAAACCUUCCAUGACUCUCAGACAAACUGUAGCUGGCACACCGCCGCCUCGGUCUCAGCCAGUGGCUACUCCAGUGCAGCAACAGAGCCGCAAAGUCUCGGCCAGCAUGCAACAGUCCCCCUUCUCCAAAUCACCGCCCUCCGGCCCUGCCACUCCAUACCAACAAUCCCUUCCCAAACCAUCCCCCCAACCUAGCAUUCAAUCAAUCCGCCACAUUCCACGUCCCGAUGCCCACCUUCGCUCCCCGUCUUAUGGGUCAUUUUCCAUAGCAGCUAUUUUGGAGCAACAGCAGGCCGAAAAGGAUGAGAUCCGGGAAGCAGCUACAGCCAAGCAUAACAUGGAAGAUAUCCAAGCUGAGCAACAGUUCCAGCAGUGGUGGGAUCAAGAGAGCAAGCGUGUACAGGGCCUUCUCGAGCCCGAGCCAGAACCCCAGCAGCGCGGCGGUAAAGGUGGCCGUGGCGGUAAAGCUGCUGGUGCAUCUGGAAGUUCACGCAAGCGUCGUGGAAACAAGAAUCCAGCUCCUGACGGUGUCGACUCUCGGAGCCAGAAGCAAGCUUCAGCCCCAGCUUCGGGUCAGGCCACACCGAAAAAGAAUGUGAACGGCCCAUCCCCGCUUCCACAACAACAGCCAAAUGGAAGUGGAAACCAUGUUUCCACCGGGCCGGGCAAAAACGCUCGUCGUGGAGGUACCUCAAGCAGGGGCAAGGGACGAGACCGUGGAUAG